AUGAAUGACCGCAAAAUGAGUGAUAGAAUAAGCGAUGGUAGCCACCUCAAACAAGAAUACAAUGGUACAUAUGUUUCGGCAAGAACAUUGGAUGGUGCAGGGAAUAUACUGCCUCUAGCACAUGGUGUGAUAGAGUCAGAAAAUGACAAGUCUUGGUCAUGGUUCUUUCAACGGUUCAGGGAAGCGUAUGGGGUAAGGGAUAACAUGUGUAUUGUAUCUGAUAGACACGAAAGCUUCAUCAAGGCUGUAUGUAGAAUUUAUCCUAAUGUUCCGCAUUUAGCAUGCAUAUGGCAUCUUUGGAAGAAUGUAUACAAUAGAUAUAGGAAGAGUCAUGAAGUGUUGAGUGGGGUGUACUAUAAAUUGGCGAAAGCAUACACGCAGAAUGACUUUGAUAUGCCAAUGGAAAAGGUUGAGAAGGAGGAUAUUCGUGUGAAGGAGUACUUGGAGUUAGCUGGAAGAGAAAAGUGGGCUAGGCUCUAUUGUCCAGUUAAUCGAGCAUGGACAUUGACAUCAAAUAUUGCUGAGUCCAUCAAUGCGGCACUUGUAUCUGCUAGAGAAUUGCCAAUUUAUGAUUUUCUGGAAGAAGUAAUUCCAUCAACCGAAUACUUGCACACGGUUAUUGAUGAAGGGAAGCGUUUCAUUGUUUGUAUUGAAAAUAAAACUUGCAGUUGCAAAAUGUUCCAAAUGGAUGAGAUACCCUGCCCCCAUGCUUGGGCUGUUCUUAGGAAAAAAAAUCUCACUGCCGACAACUUCUGCUCAAAUUUGUACAAACCAGAAACUGUGAUGAAGACUCAUGAUGUCCUAAUUUAUCCUUUACCUGAUAAGAGUGAGUGGAAUGUGCCUGUACACGUUUCAGAAGAGGUGGUUUUCCCACCGAGUGGAGUAAAAAGCACUAUAUAUGGCAGUGCAGGAUCUCUGAAUACAUCAGCCACUGGUUCCCAGUAA